AUGGUUCCAGUAACAAAUAAACAUGGACAUGUCGCUCAAAAACCCGAGGCAAUAGCUAAAUAUAAUGAAAUUAUGUCUGGAGCGGACUGGCAAGAUCAGCUAUUAGCAUUUUACCCGUGUGAAAGGAAAAUUUUGCGGUGGUACCUAAAGGUUGCUAUUCACAUAUUUCAGUUACUACUGAUAAAUUCCUUCAAAAUAUAUAAUAAAUACUCUGGUCAAUCUAAAAUGACAUUAUAUGAUUACCGCUUAUCGGUGAUAAGCGCGUUGAAAUCAGAUAAACAUGUCACAACAAAUCCAGGACCUGUAAAAAGACAAGUUUCUAUGCUGCACAAAAUCGUAGCAUUUGAACAUAGCAUUAUUGUGAUUCUAUCUUUACUUACUUUAAGACCUGGUGCACUUAUUUCUUUAGAAGAUACGAAUGUUUUAUUGGACAACAGUCUCCACAAUAGACCACUCUCGCCCGUGUUAUAG